UAUCUACAACGCCCCCGCGACCUUUUAGCGAGCCAUGAACAUGGCUUUUCAGAAUUUCGUGAGAAAGACUCGUUUGGCACAGAGCAUCGUCAACUACUGCGUGAUUGUGUAUAUAGAUGAUAUCUUAAUGUAUUCGAGUUCCUACGAGGGACACGUGCAGCACAUCGAAUGGGCACCGCACGCGUUACGGGAUGCGGGCUUCAAGGUGGCGCUUGAGAAGUGUCAGUUUUUUCUCACCACCAUUUCCUUCCUAGGGCACGUGGUGACAGACAAGGGACUCCAGCCGGAGCCACAGAAGGUGGCAGCUGUCAGGGAUGCGCCGGUGCCUACAACUAUCACGCAAGUUCACGCCUUUCUGGGCCUGGCCUCGUACUACCGAAGAAUUAUCAAGGGCUUCGCGGUGAUUGCGGGACCCCUCACGAAUAUGCUGUGCAAAGAUCAACCGUUGAUCUGGACGCCGGAGUGCGAUCAAGCGUUUUUCAAACUCAAGGCCGCUCUCAUUUCGGUUCCGGUCCUUAUAAGGCCGGAUCCCGAAAAACCUUUUGUUCUCAUCACUGACUGGCAGCCAGAGGCGAUUUCGGCGAUCCUUGUCCAGGUAGGACCAAGCGGACUCGAGAGUGUGGUGGAAUAUGCCUCCAAAUCGGUGCCAGCUUGCAAGCGCAACUACGCCACUCCGACGGGGGAAUGUUACGCGGCUCUAUGGGGAAUCAGCCACUUUCGCGCUUACCUGUACGGGCGAAAGUUCACCUUGGUAACUGAUCAUGAACCCUUGUUAGCUCUGAAGAAAUCGAAGGAUUACUCUGGCAUGAUCGGGCGAUGGGCAACAGUGCUGCAGAGCAUGGACUUUGACAUUCGACAUCGGAAGCACAAGAGACAUGGGAAUGCGGACGGACUGACACGACUGCACCGGCCUGAGAAGGUUCCGAAGAAUGAGGAGCCGGGGCGCCGCCAGCUGAUUGCGCAAGAGCUCAUCGCACCAAUCGUGCAAUUGGCGGACGAUCUCUCGCCCGACAUCUAUUUACAGAGUGACGACAGUCCUGCUCCGUACAUUUUCGAGCGAUCAUUGGAUCCGUACCUUCAGUGGACUGCGUGCUUGGAGGAGCCGAGGGACGAGGAUACGCUACCAUCGCGGCAGGAGUAUCUGAAGCCGUACGAUAUCAUCCCUCACGCCUUUUAUCCGAGGGCAGAGGAAGUGGUGAUCGACGACGACGAAGAAGACGAGGAUGAGAAGACAUUGGAGGAGGGAAGCUAUAGUGAACAUAGUGAGGGCGAGCUGAGCGAAGGAGAAGAGGAGCGAGAAGAAACCGGAUCUGAGUGGGAAGCCUUGCCGGAGGAAGCGACGCGUACGCGAACGGAGGCGGAAGAUCCGGAAACGGCGCGAAAGCGCGAAGAAAUUGCCACCGGGAAGCGCCAGCUGGAGUUCGCCAGCGAAGCUAGCCUGCGCAUCGGUAACGAUCCGACCAGGGAUCCAGAGUUGCCGAAGCCCGAAGAUGGCGACCCUGCAGCCGCCACCUCAAGUACCGCGCGAAGGAGACGGAGUCGAUCCCCCUCCUCCUCCAGCCCCACCCGUCCCCCAGUUUGCCCACGUACCGAUGCGGGCGAUAGGCCUUCGUCCUCGGAUGUUGUCCCGCCAACCCCUUGAUUUCCUCACCCUCGAGCAGAUCCAUACCCCUAUCACCUU